CCUGCACGCUGAUAUCCCGGCAUCCUGAGCGCUGCUUUCCCGCCAGGACGACACUGAAGCGGUUUUCUGCUUCCCUCCGUCGUCCUUCUCAGCCUUGUUUCCCACUGCUGCUGCUUGUUUUUACCUCCACUGUCCCACCAUGCAGCGUGAACCUCCGAAGAAGAAGCAAGAGAAGAAGUCGGAAAAGCGGCUCUUUGACCCCGCAUCCUUCGGGAAGGACCUGCUGGCAGGCGGGAUCGCAGCGGCUGUGUCCAAGACUGCCGUGGCCCCCAUCGAACGGGUGAAGCUGCUGCUGCAGGUGCAGGCGUCGUCCAAGCAGAUCAGUGCCGAGGCGCAGUACAAAGGCAUGGUGGACUGCCUGGUGCGGAUUCCCCGCGAGCAAGGUUUCUUCAGUUAUUGGCGUGGCAAUUUGGCAAAUGUUAUCCGAUAUUUUCCAACACAAGCUCUAAAUUUUGCUUUUAAAGACAAAUACAAACAACUCUUCAUGUCUGGAGUAAAUAAAGAAAAACAGUUCUGGAGGUGGUUUUUGGCAAACCUGGCUUCUGGUGGAGCUGCUGGAGCAACAUCCUUAUGUGUAGUUUAUCCGCUAGACUUUGCCCGAACCCGAUUAGGUGCUGAUAUUGGAAAAGGUCCUGAAGAGCGACAAUUCAAGGGUUUAGGUGACUGUAUUAUAAAAAUAGCAAAAUCAGACGGAAUUGUUGGUUUGUACCAAGGAUUUGGUGUUUCAGUUCAGGGUAUCAUUGUGUACCGAGCCUCCUAUUUUGGAGCAUAUGACACAGUUAAGGGCUUAUUACCAAAACCAAAGGAAACCCCAUUUCUUGUCUCCUUUUUCAUUGCUCAAGUUGUGACCACAUGCUCUGGAAUUCUCUCUUAUCCCUUUGACACAGUUAGAAGACGCAUGAUGAUGCAGGUAUUUUAUAUUAUUAUUUGCAAGUUUAAUUGA